CGCUGUUGCUCCCCCGGUUUCCAGUGUGGAUUUACAUACCCUGAUUUCCGUGGCACUGGGAAGCGAAAGAGGAGGGUGGUGAGCCUUUCAGGAACUGAGGAAACAGCCGCAAACAGCGCAGCUUCACAAAUUAACAACUCGUUGCCCCGUCGUCGGUUCUCUCGCACCAGCCAGCCGCCGUCGGAAUAACUUUUCUGCGCUCCUCUCGGCUCUCAGCGGUUCUCUCUCCCUGGAUUUUUUUUUUCUAGUCUGGAGGAGGACUGGGAGCUUUUUCGGAGACGUCGGGCAGGGGCUUGAGUUGAACCCGGUUUGAAGGGCUGUGGCCAUGGCCGGGGGUGGCGGUGGUGGUGGUAGUGGGGUUUCUCCAUUGGGGCCCUCACCGCCGAUGUGGUAUCACCGGGACCUGAGUCGAGCAGCGGCCGAGGAGUUCCUGGCCCGGGCGGGGAGAGACGGCAGCUUCCUGGUGCGGGAUAGUGAGAGUGUCAACGGGGCUUACGCUUUGUGUGUACUGUUUCAGAAGCACGUCCACACAUACAGAAUCCUCCCAGAUGAAGAAGGAUUUCUGGCUGUACAGACAUCUCAGGGCGUGCAGCCGAAGCGCUUUAAGACGUUACCAGAGUUGGUGUCAUUGUACCUGCAGCCCAGCCAGGGUCUUGUCACCACCCUGCUUUACGCUGUGGACAGAGAGGAAACAGCUGUCAGCGAUGACAGAGACUACUCAGAUGGGGAGGAUGAGAAGCCACCCCUCCCCCCUCGCUCUGCCUCCACCUCCACCCCCCCGGGACCAGACACAACCACAGACAGCACUCCAGCAGCUAAUGGCCUGAGCACCAUUUCCCACGAGUACCUGAAGGGCAGCUAUGCUCUGGACCUUGAGGCAGUCAAACAGGGAGCCUGCUCCCUGCCUCACCUCAACAAGACACUAGUGGCUUCCUGCAAACGCCUUAAUGGGGAGGUGGAUAAGGUUCUGUCUGGUCUGGAGAUUCUGUCUAAGGUUUUUGAUCAGCAGAGUGCCUUCAUGGUCUCCAAGAUGAUCCAGCAGUCAGUGAAUCAUGGUGGAGACCAGGAGCUGGAGAACCUUGUGACCAAGCUGGCAAUUCUCAAAGACCUGUUGUCCUCCAUAGAGAAGAAGGCUCUGAAAGCUCUCCAGGACAUGAGUUUGCCCUCUCCAUGCUCCCCCCCUCCUCUUUCUAUGCGUCACAGCAAAGCAAUUCCUGUGCAGGCCUUCGAGGUAAAGCUGGAUGUUUACCUGGCAGAACUGACAAAGAUAGGAAAGAGUCAGAAGUACACUCUGUCUGUGGACGUGGAGGGAGGACGACUGGUAGUGAUGAAGAAGGUGAAGGACAGCCAAGAGGACUGGACCACCUUCACACAUGACAAAAUCCGUCAGCUGAUCAAGUCUCAGCGGGUGCAGAAUAAACUGGGCAUUGUUUUUGAGAAGGAGAAGGACAAGAGCCAGAGGAAAGACUUCAUCUUUGCUAGUGCCAAGAAACGGGAGGCGUUUUGCCAGCUGCUGCAGCUGAUGAAGAACAAGCAUUCCAACCAGGAUGAGCCAGACAUGAUUUCCAUCUUCAUAGGCACCUGGAAUAUGGGCUCAGUGCCUUCGCCUAAGUCUGUGGCCUCGUGGGUGUUGUGUCGUGGCCUCGGGAAGACUUUGGACGAGAUGACGGUCACCAUCCCUCAUGACCUUUACGUGUUUGGAACCCAAGAAAACUCAGUGUGUGACCGGGAGUGGGUGGAGUCUCUACGUGCCAUAUUGAAAGAACAGACAGAACUGGAUUAUAAACCGAUUGCGGUGCAGACUCUGUGGAACAUUAAAAUUGCUGUGCUGGUGAAACCUGAACAUGAGAAUCGAAUCAGCCAUGUGGGAAUGUCCAGUGUCAAGACAGGCAUUGCCAACACACUGGGUAACAAAGGAGCUGUAGGUGUGUCUUUCAUGUUCAACGGGACAUCUUUUGGUUUUGUGAAUUGUCACUUGACAUCAGGGAAUGAGAAGAUUGCCAGGAGAAACCAGAAUUACCUUGAUAUCCUGCGGCUGCUGUCACUAGGAGACAAACAGCUGAGCUCCUUUGACAUCUCACUGCGCUUCACGCACCUCUUCUGGCUGGGAGACCUGAACUACAGGCUGGAUAUGGAUAUACAGGAGAUCUUAAACUACAUUAACAGGAAGGAGUUUGAGCCCCUGCUGAAGGUGGACCAGCUCAACCUGGAGAGGGAGAAGAACAAAGUCUUUCUGCGGUUUGCGGAGGAAGAGAUCUCGUUCCCACCCACCUACCGUUAUGAACGUGGCUCACGGGACACAUAUGUCUGGCAGAAGCAGAAGGCCACAGGGAUGAGGACUAAUGUUCCAUCCUGGUGUGAUCGGAUCCUGUGGAAGUCGUACCCAGAAACGCACAUUGUCUGCAACUCCUAUGGCUGUACCGAUGACAUAGUGACCAGUGAUCACUCCCCUGUCUUUGCUACGUUUGAGGUGGGGGUGACCUCCCAGUUUGUCUCCAAGAAAGGUCUGCCAAAGUCUUCAGAGCAGGCCUAUAUCGAGUUUGAGAGCAUCGAGGCCAUAGUGAAGACAGCGAGCAGAACCAAGUUCUUCAUCGAAUUCUACUCCACUUGUCUGGAAGAGUUUAAGAAGAGUUACGAGAACGACAGUCAGAGCAGCGACAACGUCAACUUCCUGCGUGUGGGCUGGUCCAACAAGCAGCUAACAACGCUCAAACCUCUCCUCUCAGAGAUCGAGUACCUUCAGGACCAACAUCUGCUGCUGACAGUGAAAUCAUUGGAUGGAUACGAGUCCUACGGUGAAUGUGUGUUGGCUCUGAAGUCAAUGAUUGGCAGCACAGCACAGCAGUUCCACACCUACCUGUCCCACCGUGGCGAGGAAACAGGAAAUAUCAGGGGGUCCAUGAGGGUCAGAGUCCCCUCCGAAAGGAUGGGAACCAGGGAGAGACUCUACGAAUGGAUCAGUGUGGACAAGGAUGAGACAGGCGGACCGAAAGGGAAAUCCACUAUGGUGUCCAGAGUGGGACAUGAAUAUGUCAAGCCAUCUGUGGUUCGCAAACAGUUAGGAGAGCUGGGCAAGGUCAGUGAGGAGGGAGAAAGGAUGAGCAAGGAGGAAACUGCUGCAAGACCUAAGCAAGAUGCCUCAGACGGCGAUCCAUCCAUCAGCAAGAACAGCUACAAUAAUCCCGCCUACUACAUCCUGGAGGGCGUUCCCAACCAGUCGGCAGCUGCUCUCUCACCUGAGCUUCUCCCAUCUCCUACCUCCGCAAACCCCCAGGCAGCUAAAGCCCCUCCUCCCUCAGCUGGAGCUCGAACCAAACCCUCCUGUGUGGCCUCGGGGCCCCCUCACCCUCGCAGACACAUGUCGGGACACCCGGUCCGUGCCAUUAGCGAGGAGGGCUCCUCAGAAGACGAUGCAGGCGCUUUUGUGGCGGGGGCACAAGGUGGAGGUGUCGGAGGAACAGUUGGAAGCACACUGAAUCGACCCCCUCCUGACUUCCCCCCUCCUCCUCUUCCUGUGGGAGCCCUGGAGAUGGUUGCAGAGGCCCCCUUCCCCAAAUCUCGCCCUCUUUACCCAGACCUGGCUGAGAUCAGGAUACCGGCAGCCAAUCCAAGUCCCCCGCUGGGUCCUGGGGAGGCUUUCAGGAGAGGAGGAGGUGGAGGAGGAGGAGGAGGAGGAGGAGGAGGAGUUGGUGCAGGGGCAUUGGACGACCAGUCGUGUUCUGUGCUCCAGAUGGCAAAGACACUGAGCGAGAGUGAGUUUCCUGGACAGCCUCCACGUGCUCCCUCAGCACCACCGCCUCUCAGGGGGCAGCCAAUGGGUUUAGGUCUGGACGCCUGCCGCACCUUCCCACCCAGAAAUCCCAUCACAGAGAGUAUUGCAGAGGACAUGCCCGAGGAGGCACUCUGGGGCAGCAGUAGUUCGUCUUUGUCUGUAGGGGAAUCUUCAGUGGGAGAGUGGCUGCAGAAACUGGGACUGGAGAGGUAUGAGCAGGGUCUUCUACACAACGGCUGGGACGACCUGGAGUUCCUCAGUGACAUCACAGAGGAGGACCUGGAGGAGGCGGGAGUGCUCGACCCCGCCCACAAGCGAAUCCUGCUGGAGAGCCUCAGACAGCAGCAACAGCAGCAACAGAAAUAAACUUUACCAAACUGGUCUAUGACUGGUCCAAACCGGCCUGGUACCACACCAGGUCCCAACAGGCCAAAUCUCAGCUGAACUGAACUGAGCUGGAACGUGCCAAUCGAUGCCCGACUGUGCCUUCUGAGAGAAAUUGCACUUCAUUUGUACUUUCAAAACAGAAAAAAACACUUGUUGAACCAACGUCCUUUUUCACAUGUACUGUAUGUGUGUUGUCAUUGUCAUAGUGGUGGCCUUAUUUAAUUAUAAUCAUUUCAGUCCUUCAAGCAUCACUACCUAACCCUCGGCUUUAAAGCUAGUGAGAGGAUGCAGGAGGAGAUAAUAUUCUUUUUUUUUCUGGCCAGACAGAAUUGGAGAUACGACUCACGUGUGGAGCGGCUGAUGUUUUGAUGCCCUGUCAUCAGUUCUGACCUGCAGCUUCGAGCUAGAAUUAAAGCUUGUUUUUAUUUCUUUGUUCUGAGAAACCUUAACCGAGCAGUGACAGAGUUUCCUCAGAAAAUGGAAAAUAUCUGGCAUUCAGGUUUACAGCAAGAGGCAAAGAGGGGUUUUAGCUCAAAACCAGAGCCUGGUAAACGUGUUGCCUGUGUUUUGCGCUCUCGGUUCAGACUCUUUUAACAACACAGUGUUUUUCUCAGAGUCUCAGGGUUUUUUUUUUCCCCCAGCAAUGCUCACAUUUGGGGAAAGCUAUGAAGGGGUUGUUAAAGAGCACUCAAGGGUAAUGUAAACCCACGGCUCGGGCAGAGGUCACUUUUCCGUGACGGAAGCUGACAGGAAGUGGUGACAGGAGAGAAGCUAGCACUGAGGCAUGUCAGCUCAUGUGAGCUCAACACACAUUUUUCAGAUUUCGUACUUUUGUGAUGACGUCUGGGCCACUCUUAUUGAAAUGGUUGCAUUAAUUGUCUCAGUGUCUCUGCAUGUAUUUAUGGUUUUUAUGUUUUGUUUUUGUUUUCAAUGAUAAAGGGAAUAUGGAGCAAACCAACCAAACCAGUCCUGUUAGAGCUAAAAGUGCAUAUUUCACUUUGGUAUAACAUUUAAGUGGUUAUUCGCUGUCAGCUUUUAAUACCACCUCCAGCCCAGAGUGUGACUUGCACACACUCAACACUGACAUUUCACUUUUUUUUUUUCCUAACACUUGUCAAUUGUGGCAAGUUGUUUACAUUAUUAGAAGUUAAUUUGUUUUCGGGAACCUGUAUUUAUCCUUAAAUAGAAGUAGAUGGAUGACACAUGCAGCAUGUUGGUUUUUGGGGCAGACUGAUUUCUGUCUAAAACAAAAAACACAUAUAAAUAAAACAAUCACAACACAAGUAGACCAGAGGUAAUAAGUGAUGCACCAAAGUGAAAUAUCACUUGAAAGAUUUCAACUAGUACAUUUCUCACGCUUACACUUUAACUGUCUUGUGAGGACAUUAAAUUUCAAUUUACAGAAGAAGACAAAUCUUAUUGUAGCAGCAUAUGAUCCAGGUUCAGUGGGUUUUGUGUCCCAGCUUUUCACUUACUUCCUUUUAAAUCAUGUUAAUGGAGCAGUGUUCAGGGAACUGGUUAACAUAGCCAAACAGAUUAACUCACGGUUAUUUUGCUGAAGACUGACUAAGCCAUCAUAAUAUCAUCGUCUCUGAGAAACCGUUUGUCACCAAAACAUUUUUUCCCUGCAGACUUUUUUCUUAUUUUGCUUAUUUUAUGUGGUUCUUUACUAGAGACGUGGCCUAGUUGUAGGAUCAGGACAUACUUUGUACACGUGGUAGAAGAUGUCACCCCUCACAUUAAAAACAGAAAAGAUUGCUGCAGGACACAGAUAGCAUGAGGGCACUUGGUUCCCUGAUUACCCAGCAGGUGGUGCUGCUACUUCAUUCAACCUCUGGUGACUGUAGACAACCUUAGGAAAAUCAGACACAACCAAGUCAUGUUCAGCUCAAUGCUCUUUUUAAAAAAAAUUAUUAUUAUAUAUGUCAUUCUUAAGCCAUUUAAACAUCUGAGCGAUACCUUACCUGUUAAUAUUCAUGCUGCCUUUAUUUGUUGUUAAUUUAAAUCCUGCCUCCUCUUCUGCCUCUGAAACCAGAAGCCAAACUGAAAAGCCAGUUUGUUGUCCUUUAAAAACACCUGAUGCUGAUACCCGGUACUUCUCCUUUAUUAUCAAGGUGGAGCACUUCAAAUAUUUCCCCUUCAGGCGAGCACACAACCCGCUUUUGAUACUGAAAUAUUGAGUUGAACUCUAAACUGUAAGUGAACGUGUUGUUGCAUAACUGGGACUGACUAGGAUGAAAUCUUUAAGGAUGCAGUUGUCGUGGUCUCAUGUUGCUCGCACACACCCUUAGACUCAGCGACUUGCCUGUGUUUUGUGUUGCACAAUGUGUCUAAUCUUUUAACAGCCAAACAACCACAAUGCGGAGAAUAUGGAUCUGCCAUUCAGACGUGUUAAAUCUAAUGUCUUUUUUUUUUUUGCCUUUCAGUGUUCUCAGUGAUGUGAUGUGUGCGUGUGAGAGUGUGUGUGUGUGUGUGUGUGUAUUUGUGAGCAUGAGUGAAAAAGAGUUGCCAUUGUUUUCUCUGACACACUCCAUUUUAUCUUGUUCCUUCAUGUAGUCUUCUCUUUAGAUUGUGUUAAGUUAAUGGCAGUUGUUCACCCACGUAAUUUUUUUUUUUCAAUUAAAAUCUAAUAUCUUUCCUUAUUUUAUAAAUUCACUCGUUCUUGUUUCUGUUGUCUGCAGGGAAAGCU